CUUCCGGUAUCUCAUCAGCACAAAGAAGACCGUUGUGCGAAUGAGACGGAAUUUUUCGACCUGAGAAAAACAUCAUCCAGGAAAAUGUCCGAGGGCCAAGAAGACCAGCCCCAGACCAACGAGGCUCCAGAGAAGAUCGUUCUGGCCACAAAAGUUUCCGGAACAGUCAAGUGGUUCAACGUCAAGAAUGGCUAUGGAUUUAUCAAUCGAGAUGACACAAAGGAAGAUGUAUUUGUCCAUCAAUCAGCCAUUGUAAGAAACAACCCACGCAAGUACCAGCGAAGUGUUGGUGAUGGUGAAGUGGUAGAGUUUGACGUUGUAGAAGGAACCAAGGGUAAUGAAGCUGCCCGUGUAACCGGUCCUGAUGGUGCCCCAGUACAAGGUAGCAAGUACGCAGCGGACAAGCGCCGCUACCGUGGACGCCCACGCUACUACCGCCGCCGCCGACCCCGCAACUCGCAAGGAGACGAGGAAGAGAUGGCCUCCGAUGAGAAGGAUGGAGGAGAAGAGAACGAUGCUCCCAAGGAAGGGAGGAGGCAGUAUCGCGAUGGAGGAAGGGGAGGCUAUCGUGGCGGUCGACGGAGGUACAGAGGUCCACGUAGGCCAAGACCAAACCAGGAUGGACAACCUCAAGAAGGGGAGCAAAAUGAAGAAGACGGUGAACGCCAGGAGAAGGAAGGCGGUGACAAGCCAAGCGGCAACCGUCGUCGACGUUACCGUCCAAAUUACAGGUACAACGGCCGACGCCCCCAGUCCCGCGGUGACCAGAACGAGGAUGGAGAUAGAGAGAAUGGGGAAGGUGGCGAGGAAAAGGAAGGUGGCGAUGAACAACGUAGGAGGCAAAGACGCCCUUACCGUCGUCGCUACAAUAACCGCAAAGGUGCCUCCAACAAGGGCGGAGAAGGGGACCAAGGAGAGAACGGAAGCCGGAAUGACCCCUCAGACGGACCGGUCAUUAAGGAAGAGCAGCCUGCUCCAGCAGAUACAAAGGCUAGCAUCAAGGUUGAAGAGUAAGCGGAGUUUACCACCAAGAAGCACUGCACCCUGCCUUGUAGAAUUUCACCUAUAAAAUCAUCAUCAUCUUUGUUGGCACGGUCAUCCGAGUUUAGACGCUGCUCACCAGCAAUGCAAGAACAGUAAAAGCAACCUCUUCCAUCGUCAUGGACAAGUCACUUUUUUUUUAUUUUUUGAUAUUGAUAUUAAGUUCAAGAAUUUUCAUUUGUUUUGUGGAUUUUAUCAAAAACUACACCUUACAAAAAGUGCAUUAUCACAAUUUUAUGUAGGAAUGAACCAAUGACAUAAGAGGCACUUUGAAUCGGUAAGUGUGAUAUGCUAAGCUUGCAUGAAUACCCAUUUUGCGCCACAUGCGUAUGGGCAGUUUUCGUCGCUUGUAUCACAAAUUGAGCUGGACGAGGCUCUAUACUGAUGACAUAUCUGUUAAUUGUGCGAAUUCCUCCAUACACAAAUUCUGAUUCUCUGAACUUGCUUUGCUAUUUAGAAUGAUUGGAAUUUGGUGAAAUUUGAAGAUAAGAGGACAAAAAUCACAUCUAUAAGAAAGGAAAAAAAAAGAUUUCCUCUUCAGUUGCAUUAUGCUAUAGUUCUCAAUUUGUUUGUGGGCAGUGUCGACUGUAUAUUAUAGGCAGGUGCAAGUUAUGGUAUUAAUUUGUAUUAGUUCAAAGGAGUUUACAAUCAAAGGAAAAAGAAAGAUACCAAAGUAGAUCUAAUAUCUUGUAAAGUAACAUCUAGAAGGUACAAUGUAUGACCUAUACCUGUUUGAUUUGCCUGUUGGCAAUACCUCCAGCUAUCGCUAGCAGUUGCGCACAUUUUGAACAUUUUGCUUUCAGUAUAUUUUCUUUAAUUUUUUUCCAGUUAUUUUGACAAAAGUUAUCCACAGGAAAUAAUUUAUUUAAAUGAUUUGGAAUUUCUACAAGCAUUUUAUAUUUUAUAUAGUUCUAGUUUUCCACUUUUGAAAAAAAAAAUAUAUGUAUGAAUUGUAGAAAGGAAACAUGCUGAAAUAGCUUUAACGGGCAUAUUUAAUAUAUUUUUGUGUUUUUUAAUUUUUUUAAUGCAAGAACUUGCGCACAGCAGGGAGGUAUUGCUGUUUAACUACAGGCAUAUAUUUUUCUCGAAUGCGUCAGCAUAAGAUUAACACACGGAAUUAAAGACCUUUCUAUUAACAAUAUGCAUUUUCAUGUUAGUGUUGAGACUCAUAAAAAGCAAAGAAAAUGUCCUUAAGAUCAAAAGUUUAACCUACCAUCUUGAGUCUUAAAUAUUGCUCAUCACCUCUCUUGUGACACUGACCAUCAAGACGACACAAGAUGAUGGCUGAUCAUUGCAAGCUCAAGAAAACAAGACCCUUAUUUGAGCAAA